UGGCGCAGCCACGAAGAACUGCAAGGGCCAGGCAGGGAAGCCGCGAUCCGUCGCCGCCGCCGCCGGGGCUCAGGAAGGUGCAGGUGGGCGCAGCACCCCGUGGCCGACAUGCCAGUCUCCAAGUGCCCAAAGAAGUCGCAGCCCCCGUGGAAGGGCUGGGACGAGAAGGCCCAGAAGAACGGGCCGAGGCACCAGGUGUACACUGUGAACGGUGACCACUACACGGGCGAGUGGAAGGACAACCUGCGACACGGGAAGGGAACCCAAGUCUGGAAGAAGACAGGAGCCAUCUAUGAAGGGGACUGGAGGUUUGGGAAGCGAGACGGCUACGGCACCCUCAGCCUGCCUGAACAGGAGACAGGAAAAUACAGAAGAGUGUACUUGGGCUGGUGGAAAGGUGACAAGAAAUCCGGCUAUGGAAUCCAGUUUUUUGGACCCAAGGAAUAUUAUGAGGGUGAGUGGUGUAGCAGCCAGUGCAGCGGGUGGGGCCGCAUGUACUACAGCAACGGUGACAUCUACGAGGGCCACUGGUGGAAGGACAAGCCCCACGGGGAGGGCAUGCUGCGCCUGAAGAACGGGAACCGUUACGAGGGCACCUGGGAGAGAGGCCGGAAGCACGGGAAUGGGCGCCUCUUCCACCUGGACCAUGGCCAGCUGUUCGAGGGCUUCUGGGUGGAGGACGUGGCCAAGUGUGGCACCAUGAUCGACUUUGGCCGUGAUGAGGCCCCUGCACCCACUCAGUUCCCCAUUCCCAAGGUCAAGCUUCUCGACCCCGACGGUGUGCUGCAGGAGGCCUUGGCCACGUUCACCAAGACAGAGGAGGAGGAAGGAGACUGAUACCUGGUGAGGAGGUGGGCAGGCCUGCCACCCUCCAGGGCCUGGAAUGACACACAGGUCUCCUGGGGCCUCCUGAGGUGGGGCAGAGAGAACUGGGUUCUUGUUUUUGUUUUCUGAGAUAGGUGCUCACUAUGUAGUUUAGGCUGGUCUUGAACCUGUGGUGAUCCUCCUGCCUCAGCCUCUCAAGGGCUGGGAUUACAGGCAUGGACCACCUGUCGCCCCUGAAGUCUAGCCCUGCCCACAUCUUUGGACUCUGGGCCUCCAGGGUCAGUGUUCUGGAUGAGGUGGAGGUCCAGGCCUCCCUGGCAAUCUCACAUUUGCAGCCCCCCGUAAAGUGGGUGCAGGUGAGGCUUUGAGGAGGCUCCCAUCCAGGUUUUCAGAUGUGGCCCCCUCCCCUGCAGGAACGACCUUGUCAGCAGCUGCUUAGACGGGCAUGGCCCCUGGGAAGCACAGCUGCCCUGGGCAGCGAACGCCUUCCAGC